CAAAUAAAAACUGAUUUAUUUACUUAUUUAUUUCUACUCUCUACAUGAGUGUAGAUGGGUCCUAAAGAUUAGAAAAUAAUGCAGGUGUUGCCUUAAGGGCUCCUAUAUCAUUUCACUUUAUAAUGUGGAUAAGUGGGCCAUGCAGUAUUAACAAACAAACAAAUCAGAUGCCAUAAACUGAGGGCCACAUGGUGAAAAAGUCAGCUAUAAAUUUGUUUGAUUCUGUUUCAAAAGGCUCAAACAUGGUUGCAGGUAUAUAGGUUGAGGUUUAUGUAUAAUGUAGAGUAAACUGCUGUUCCUCCUACAUGUCACCGCCUGUGUGUGAUCACAGUCAGCCUGAGGAAGCGCCCCUGGCAGUGUAGUUGGGAGUGAAGCGCCUCCUGUGUCAUUUCCCCUCCUCUCCAUCCUUUAACGCCGAACCAGAACCAUUCAUCUCUCCCCUCCUUCAGGCUUCACAUCCGGGUCAUCCGCCAGUAUCUGUCUCUUGCGUCUGUGUGUCUGACAGAGUAAUAAUUAUUUCGCCCGCCGCCGCCGCCGUGCUGUACUGCAGCCCUCUGUCCGACUGCGCGGCUCGCCGAGCGGACACUGCGCCUGGCGUGCACCGGUGAUGAUGGAGCCACGGGCGCCGUGAAGCUGCAGCCGGUCGCACAAAGGCAGGGAUGAGACGGUAGGGAGGCUUUUUGUAUGGGCUAGCCCGCGGAGAUUAACUCGCCCUAACGAUGUCUAAGAGCCUGAAGAAGAAAAACCACUGGACCAACAAAGUCCACGAAGCCGUGAUAACCCGGGGGAAGGAAGGGGAACUGGGGUUCGAGCUGAAGGGGGGCGCGGAGAACGGCCAGUUCCCCCACUUCGGCGAGGUAAAGCAGGGGAAGGGACUGAUCCAGAGCGGCAAACUAGCCCAGGAUGAGCUGCUGCUUGAGGUCAACGACAUGCCAGUGGCCGGGCUCACCACCCGGGACGUGCUGGCCGUGAUUAAACACUGCAAAGACCCGGUCCGCUUCAAAUGUGUCAAGCAAGGGGGAGUGGUUGACAAGGAUUUGCGGCACUACCUGAACCUGCGUUUCUCCAAGGGCUCAGUGGACCACGACCACCAGCAGAUCAUCAGAGACAACCUCUACCUCCGCACUGUUCCCUGUACCACCAGGCAGCCUAAGGAGGGGGAGGUGCCGGGGGUGGACUACAACUUUGUGAGCGUGGAACGUUUUAUGGAACUGGAGCAAAGUGGAGCCUUGCUAGAGAGUGGAACCUAUGAAGAUAACUUUUACGGCACACCGAAACCUCCAGCGGAGCCCUCCCCUGCAGCCCCUCCUCUGAAUGUGAGUGAGGCCCUGCUGCCUGGAGCCCGGCCCAGCGCCCAGGGCAAGAGGAAGAGGAACCAGUCAGUCAGCAACAUGGAGCAGCGCGCCAGCCUGGAGCCACCCGAGGAGGAGGAAGAGGAGAGUCCGGUCGUCAACGGCAAUGGGGUGGCCAUCACACCAGAGUCCAGUGAACAUGAGGACAAGAGCACAGAUGCCUCUGGGGAGGUUGCUGUUGAAGUGUCCAGCCAGGCCCCAGCCUCCACUGAGCCCCCAACUGAAGGAGAGGAGGCCCCAAAAUCUCCCUCUAAAUCCCCCGCUAAAGUCCCAGACGUAGAUGAGGAAGAGCUUGGUCCUCUGCCUGACAACUGGGAGAUGGCCUAUACUGAGAAGGGGGAGGUCUACUUCAUAGAUCACAACACCAAAACUACAUCAUGGUUGGAUCCUCGGCUCGCAAAGAAAGCGAAGCCGCCAGAGGAAUGCAGGGAAGAUGAGCUGCCCUAUGGCUGGGAGAAGAUAGAUGACCCCAUCUACGGCAGCUACUAUGUAGAUCACAUCAAUCGAAGGACUCAGUUUGAGAACCCGGUCCUGGAAGCCAAGAGACGCCUGGAGCAGCAGCGGCAGAUGCAGAGCCAGGGACUGUCUGCACUGCCACUGCCCACUAUAUACAGAGAGAAGCCAUUGUUUACGAGGGACCCGACCCAGCUGAAGGGCACCUUCCUGUCUACAGCCCUGCAAAAGAGCAACAUGGGAUUUGGCUUCACGAUCAUAGGAGGCGACGAGCCAGAUGAAUUCCUGCAAGUGAAAAGUGUAAUACCAGAUGGACCGGCCGCUCAGGAUGGAAAGAUGGACACAGGUGACGUCAUCGUCUACAUUAAUGACAUCUGUGUGCUUGGCACCACACAUGCCGAUGUCGUCAAGCUGUUUCAGUCUGUGCCGAUCGGUCAGAGCGUGACCCUCGUGCUCUGUCGAGGAUAUCCUCUGCCUUUUGACCCCGAGGACCCCAGCGGUGCAGCCAGCACCUCCCUGACACCUAUCGGCCUGGAGCAUCGCCCCCUGGUGGUGAACGGCCGCGGCAGCUAUGACCCGUACCUGGAGUACCUGUCCUUGAGCUCACAGCUGCCUCCUCAGGCUCUGGCCCAGGCCGGGGCGCCUCACCCUGGGGACACGCAUCUAGACGGCUCAUCCCUGCCACCCACCACACCCGGCUCAGCCUCGGCGCUCACACCUCACGACGACAACGUGUCAAUGGCCUCCUCGGGGACUGCAGGGGUUGCCGGGGCAACAGCACAAGGGGCAGAGCUGCUGACAGUUACCAUGGUGAAAGGGGCGGAGGGAUUUGGGUUCACUAUCGCCGAUAGUCCCACCGGUCAGCGGAGUUAAACAGUGGUGCUGGAGCCGGGCUCGCAGGGAGCAUCGGGGUUGAUAGAGGGAGACCUGAUCCUGGAGGUGAACCAGCAGCCAGUGGCUGCAGCUGGACAUGGACGGGUGGUGGAGAUGCUUAAAGAGUGUCCUGUGGGAGCAGAGGCAACACUCCUCAUACAGAGAGCAGCAGGCCACAUCUCUCCGUGGAAGGCCUCCAAACAGUUGACUGACCAGUGGGACCCGCAUGGCAGCCCCCAGGCAAACUUGUCCGGCCCAGUCUUGCCGCCUGGCACACCCUUCCCAAACCAGCCACAGCACCGCACUUCUGUGCCUGACUCAACUGAGGGCUUCGACCUUAACAAGCCCGACCCUUACGACCUUUAUGAGAAGUCGAGGGCUAUCUACGAAAGUCGACGUCCAGAGUACGAAGAGGUGGAGGUGCACCUGCUGAGGGAAAAGACCGGGUUCGGCUUUCGCAUCCUAGGGGGAGACGAGGCCGUGCAGGCUGUGAGUCCGGACGCCCGUGACAAGAUUGUUAUUGGCGCUAUAAUAGAGAACACUCCCGCUGAGCGUGAUGGGCGCCUUCGACCCGGGGAUGAGCUCAUUUCUGUGGAUAAAAAUGUGGUUGCUGGGAAACCGCACAAAUACGUAAUAGACUUGAUGCAUGCAGCCGCUCGCAACGGUCAAGUCAGCUUGACUGUGAGAAGGAGAGUGCAAAUGCCAGGUGAAGGGUGUCCUGUGAACGGGCGCAGCCCCGGCUCGGUGUCGACACAACACAGCUCACCACGCAGCGAUGCAGCCUCAGCUUCGGGACCUCCGGCGGUCACUGUCCCCGCUGCCACCUCUCCUGCAGAGGGAUCCGCCCUGCAAACCAGUGAUGUGGUUAUUCACCGCAAGGAGAAUGAGGGCUUCGGCUUCGUCAUCAUCAGCUCCCUGAACAGGCCGGAGAACGCCACCGUCAUCACUGUGCCCCAUAAAAUAGGACGCAUCAUCGAGGGCAGCCCUGCAGACCGAUGUGGAAAGCUGAAGGUGGGCGACCGGAUCCUGGCUGUGAACGGACAGUCCAUCAUCAGCAUGCCACACGCAGACAUUGUCAAGCUCAUUAAAGAUGCUGGGCUAACAGUCACACUGCACAUCAUACCAGAGGAGGGUUCCCAUUCUGGGCCCAGCUCAGAGAAGCAGAGCCCCAUGACCCAGAAACACAGCCCACAGACCCAGCCCAGCCCUGUAGCCCAGCCAAGCCAAGGAGGCGUCCACCCUGGCCAAACGGCUCCUCAGCCAGGCCAGACGGCCACUCAGCCGGGUCAAGCACCUGUCCAGACACCAGCUCAGACAAGCCAAACAGUCACUGGCCCUCCUGCACCAGCAGCCUCCCAGCCUGCACCAGCUGGAACCCAGCAGAGCCCGGUCACCCAGCCCUCUGGCCCCCCUCCACAGCUCUACCUCCAUGACGGCAGGUCAGAGGUAAAAGCCAGACAGGACGUCAAACCUGACUUCCGCCAUCCUCCGUUCACUGAUUACAGGCAACCUCCAGUAGACUACCGUCACCCACCAGUUACUGAUUAUCGACAGCCUCCGACGCUGGACUACCGACACCCACCUGGUCUGCUGGACUUCAGACAGCAUCCUGCAGCUGCACAGUUUCCCCUCGGCAUCCCUGCUGACUUCAGACCACAGGACUUUGAUUACUUCACAGUGGAGCUGGAGAAAAGUGCGAAAGGUUUCGGCUUCAGUAUCCGCGGAGGCAGAGAGUACAAGAUGGACCUAUUUGUGUUGCGCCUUGCUGAGGAUGGCCCUGCCAUACGUAAUGGAAGGAUGAGGGUAGGGGAUCAGAUCAUAGAGAUUAACGGGGAUAGCACUCGGGACAUGACUCACGCCCGCGCCAUUGAACUCAUCAAGGCGGGAGGCAGGCGGGUCAGGCUGCUGCUAAAGAGAGGCACAGGACAGGUGCCAGAAUAUGACUGUGCCGGCCCCUGGGAUUCCCUUUCUACAGCCCACUCUGCCCUGCAGGAAGUGACCCUCGAACCCCACCCGAAUCCAUUGCUCUCAUCCCAUCCAGCCUCAGCCCCAGACUCCCCUCAUCAGCUCCCUCUAGAGGCCACAGUGUGCAUGGCAGACAAAGCUCCACAGCUGACAGACCACAGCUCCAUUAGAGGGGCUACAGGUGGCAGGUCCACCCAGCAGAAGUGCAUCAUCAGGGGACAGGGAACCCCUCAGGGGUCUGGAGAGGUGGACUGUGGACCAGGCGACAGACAGCCUCGGGCUUUGCCUCCUAAAGCUAUCCUGGGGAGGUCAGUUGAAAGACGAGAGAGGCAGAGGGAGGCUUGCUCCCCCUGCUGUGAGAGAAAGGGCCUGCACACACAGGCGAUGAGCACUGUCUGGCCCUGGGACACAUAUGUCAGUGUGAAUUCAAAUGGAGCCUCUCUGGCCAGUGGAGAUGGACAUGUAAGCCUCCAGGAGAGGCUGGUGUCCAGAGGUCUGUUCCCCAGAGAAGACGAAAGGGCCAGCGGCCACAGUGGGCUCUGCUGCCCCUCUAAAACUAUGGAAGAUCCUCCUGUGAGGAGCGCAGCUGCCUCCCCUGGGCCCUGGAACGUCCCUGGUUCUGAUAAACUGCCUGGCACCCUGAGGUCCUGGACCUCCACAGUAAGCAGGUAGAAUGGAUCUAGCUGGUUUGGACUGGAUCACACUGUCUGGCUCCUUGUUCAAUUCACCAUCGGAUGUCUGAGAAAAACAGUUAAUCUCCCUCGCUAUUUCUGUCCUGUUUUCUUCUCCAUCUACUUCUGAAAUCAUAUUUUGUUUCAUUUGUUCUUAUGAGAUGAUUAUUACACCCACCACCUUAAAAACCAGAGGAACUUUCACAGCUAUUGUAACAUACAGUAUAAAUCCUGAUGAACACUACUCCGUACGAAGGCAUUUUGGACCUUCAGAUGCGACAGUUGAUGUUCUGAUCACAGAUGGUGCAAAGAUGUCUGACUCUGCGUGGAGCUGUGCUUGGGACGCGUCACUUUUAUCCGCUCGACCGUAUCUAACUCAGUUUGGUUCGUGCAACACAACCUCAGAUGGAACGAGGUUCCUCACAGGAGAGCGAUAUACUGUAUGUACAUCCAAGAGGUUUACUUUUGCUCCAUUUUCUGUGUCAGAAGAAUGAGACUACAAAUCUGUCAGAUGGAGAAAGUGACAGUGAAACUCCUGGAGGACAUGGCACUGACCGAAGUGACAGCCUGGUUAACCCGACAUAUGUUAAGAUCUCACACGCCUACCAAUAUAUCAUAUACUGUUAAUGUAAAGAUGUGAAAAAUAUGUACAUUUGGUAAACUCAAAAACAUACCUGUUGGUGUUUUUUGAGGCCGUGUUGUAGUUAGAACCAUUGUAAAGAAAAGAGAAAAAACACCAGGACAGUAUUUUAGGAUCACUAUUUCCAUGGCCUCGUCUAUGACUACAUAUCAAAGACUGUGCAAGUCACCAAACCCAGACUGCUGAGGGAGGCAGUGGUCGUGUGCAUGGAUUUAAACCACCAUGUCAUUACACAGGGACUAACAUGUCUUUUAGAGGUAGAAUAUAGAGAGGAUAACCUCUGUGGAGCUGACCAGUUGGUACUCAUGUGAGACAAAGACGAUCUUUUUUUCCAUCAAAUUGAACUUUUUGGGUGACUGACAACAGUUGGCUUAGUAAGAACUCAUAAUACUGUUCUGAGUUAUGUACACGAGAUCAUGAGUCAACCAUGCAGUCAUUGUGCAGAAUUAUAAGCUGUGCUGUAUUCAUUUGAUGCUCAACAGAAAAAUUUUGUCCAGUCUAUAUUUCCCAUUUCUAUGCCUUUUACUGUGCUAAGUGUACCACAUCACUGUGGGAGAGGGGCAUCGGUGUGGGGAAGAGGAGGCCGAUGGUUAUGAGGUGGGGCGGAGUGCCUUACUCAAACUAAUGCAGACCUGUUGCCGUUGUGAUUUGUUUUGGGAAGUGAAUGCAAAACAGAUGUUAGUGACCAUGCACACAUAUCAGCAAACUGUUGAGUUGUGGAGCCUGUUUUCUUUGGACUUAACACCAAGCAGUAUAAACAGUUAUCUUGAUGCACUCUCAGCUAUAUAGCUUAUCAAUGUCAAUGAUUGCCCUUGUCCCCUAGUGUUGAAGAGGGGAUAAAAUGUAGCCUGUAGCAUUACAUCCUCUUCUCAGAGAGUCAUCCAGGAGAGUCGGGGUGUGAACGUUUAUCUAGACAGGGUUAUUAUCUAAGUGGACCAUGGUUUCUGUUGUGUCAGAUGAGUGUUACUUCAGCUUUAUUUGUCUGAUCCACAUGUUUGCAGGCAGUGACAGUACUCUGAAUCUGCAUCCAGUAUUUUAGAUGACCUGUGAAACAAAUGCAUUGAAACAUCUGUUCAAUCACAAAGUAUCAUCACUGGCAGAGUUGAGGCAUGCUACUAUUAUACUGAGACACCACAGAAGAAUUCACUAUCCUCCUGCAUUUUUCCAUUUUGAUAUCAUCCAUUACUCUGAACAAGAUGUGUGCUCUCAUUAAAAAUUAAUCACCAGAGCUUUUCGAGUGCUAGAGGAAACACAAGUUUAAAAAAAAUCACAAUGCAUUGUGACAAUGUGACUGAAUAAAUGCAGCAUGAUGGCAGAUCCAAGCUGUACUUGUAAACUGGUAUAGACCUAAACUGCUUUUAGCGAGGCAAUGCACCUGCCAACUGGGACACUAGUGAGACCUUGUGCAUAAAAGCAUCAUCAGGAUUGAACUUGACCUGCAGUGGUUUCUGGGUAAAACAGGUGGUCCAGAUGGUUCUGAGCCGACCUUCAAAAGUUGAAUUCACCUGUGGUUCAUGUGGUAAACUGGUUAACAUGUUAGCGAGGAGCAUGAGAACAUGCCGUUAGGCUGUAGAAAUGUGUUUACUGUAUGUAGGUGAAAGAUAUGUCAUCCAGCCCUCUGUCUCCAUCCAGGCCGUCCCCCUGCCUGCUGUGAGUGAUUUUGUAUACAGAAACAAAAAAACGCUUUAUUGGAACCUGUGAAGGAUGGCACGUUCAUGAAUCCCCAUUGAGAUCAAGUAUAACUGUGUAGUGUUAAUUGUGUACUAUUCACCUUGUACAGCUGUAUUCCUACAAAUAUGGUUUACUGUAUCAUUGAUACUGUAGUUUCAAAGACGUGAACAACUAUUUUUAUGAAAUGCGACAGUACUGAUAUAUUACAUUUUGCUAAAAAACAAAAAACUUGUUUACUGAGAGAUAUUCUGAAAUACUGUCAAAUAAACUCUUGACAUGGUGUAAAAUAUUUUCUAGAGAUUGUUUUACUCCUUACCACACUGAUGAGAAUACAGCUGAAACAAUUAAUCGAUUGACAGAAAAUUAAUGAGCAACAAUUUUGACAACCAA